UUUUUAUUUCUUUAACAUGAAAGUCUUGUCCAAUCUGUUUAGAGAUUCUGGGAAAUUAUUGAGCUUUCAUUGACAGCAACAACGCUUAACAAAUAGCUUCUAUUAGUAGUUUUUUAUUAUGGCUGUUUAGUGUUAUCAAAUAUAGCUUUGUGGGUAAAUCCCACAUGGAUGAUGGGACCCUUUGCUGCAUAGAUUCCUAUGAAGGAAGCUUCAGAUAUUUCCUGGGUUCCUGUUGAACAUUUUUGUUUUUGUUUGCUACAACUAUGCUGCCAUUUCUAUUUUAAUGAGAUCUAUUGAAGAUAAAGCAGAGAAGCUUUUGUUGAUCAGAAAAUGAGAUCUAUUGAAGAUAAAGGAUGCUAUAACCUUGGACCAGCUCAGGAGAUUUCAAGCAGCAGUGCCAUCAGCUUUGAGUUUCAUCAAGGGAAUGGAACUAACAACAGUGCAUCUCAUCAUCGAACUGCCUUUGGCAAACCAACACCUUCGAAAUGGGACGAUGCGCAGAAAUGGCUAGUAGGACUGUCAAGAGGUAGAGACAAAAGCCAAUCUAACACCAGACCUCGAAACUCCAACGCUGAUGACAGAAGACUAAUAGCACCUGUUCCGCAGAAGGAACAAGAUUAUUCGAGCAGCGAGGAAGGAGCAGCACAAGCAAAUGGAUUUGCUGCUGCAAUGUCAUACAAAUACAAAGGAGAAACAAAAAACGUGGAUUGUGAUGAGUCGAUUUGGCGAAUCAACAAGCCCACAGAGAACUCAACAUCAGUUGUUAGAUCAAUAUGUGUGAGAGAUAUGGGGACUGAGAUGAGCCCUAUUGCAAGCCAAGAGCCAUCAAGAACAACAACACCUAUCAGAGCCACGACUCCUGCUGCAACGAGUCCUAUUUCUUCAGGAUCUUCCACCCCAGUAAGGUGCCAGCAUGGUGUACCUAGUGCAGAGGGCUAUCAAGCAGGUCCAACAUCGACUGAGGGCAGAGGUGAGACUAAUGCAGCUGCCAGGGGAAAUGGCCCAAAUGGACAACAAUCCAGGAUACUUGAGAACAAUAAUUCAGAUCAAACUAGAAAGCAGAAUACUCUAGAAACUCAAGCUGUGGCUUGGGAUGAGGCGGAACGUGCCAAAUAUAUGGCAAGGUAUAAGCGCGAAGAAGUAAAGAUACCGGCAUGGGAAAAUCAUGAGAAGAGGAAAGCAGAAAUGGAAAUGAAGAAAAUGGAGGUGAAGGCUGAGAGAUUGAAAGCUUGGGCAAAAGAAAAGUGUGCUAACAAACUUGCUGCCACAAGGAGAAUAGCUGAAGAGAAGCGUGCAAAUGCAGAAUCCAAACUAAAUGAGAAAGCUAUGAGGACUUCUGAAAGGGCAGAUUACAUAAGGAGGACAGGUCACUUGCCCCCUUCAUUCUCUUUCAAGUUGCCUUCCCUUUGUUGGUAG